AUGUCUCUACUAAGUAUUCCUACUGAGAUACUAGACCUCGUCGUACAGUUCUAUGUCAACGAGGUUGGAAUUGCAAAGGCUUGGUGUCGACGCGAUGUUUGCAAAACCUUUAAAUCAGUCAUAGAAUACGAAAUUCUAGCGAAGCAACCAGGGGAGGCAUUUGGACAUGUGUUCACAGGUUUCGAAAAGCUCGUUCUGACGCACAGCCAUCGGAUGCAAUACCUUCAAUAUCGAACCAAACAGCCGAACUGUGACCGUCCGAUCACUGCACAACGAUUAAUGGACCUCUGCGCUGAACUUGAUGAGAAUUCGAAAGAGAAAGAAAGUCGUCUACAAGAGCAGUCGCUCAUGACUCUUUGCAACGUCGCCGCCACAAUCAAUUUUAAUAUACUGGAAUUUAAAACAUCCAGUCAACGUGGUUAUGAAGAUGAUGCAAUUGUCAGCAAUGCAGAUAGAAUUGCUGCCGCUAUUUCCGUAGGGAAUAAUCACUGGCUCCAGAAGUUGAUCCUUGAUCACCCAGGGGAUAUGAUAGAGCACUCGACUGUACUUGGCUAUCCACUGGAGGCUGCUGUAGUCGGGCCGCAGAUGGCUUCGCUGAAGGUUUUGCUUGAACAUCUAACGAGAAUCGAACAAUGGACCAAGGAAUCGAAACGCAAGGUAGAGAGAGCAAUUCGUGGAGCAAUGACAAGAGCGAAAAGACAAAGACUUGAAGUCAUCGAGGUUAUCAUUAAAUCCAUCAAGAAAAACCACGAUGAUAUCUAUUUGGACCUCAUAGAGGAGUCGUGGGACCUGGUAACAGCUUUGGGGGAUUAUGGGCUCAUAAAGCUCAUUUGCGAUCAUCUUCCACCACGCCCACAAAGCAGCGUCACUCUGAGUUCAUAUCAUCUUAUUAGGCUCGGAUUCGAAGAUAUUGUCAGAGCACUUAUCGGAAAAGGAUAUCUUAAAUAUUUGCAAGGUUUUCAUAUGGUAAGCGCCAUAGAGCAUGGACAAGCGGAUAUGCUACGUCUCCUUCUGCAGCACGGUUAUCCACCGGACAUGCCAUGGGGAGGCCCGGAUAAGUCUCCUCUAUUUUAUGCUAUUCAACUUCGUCAAACUACUGCCGUGAAGGUACUCCUGGAACACGGUGCCAAGACAAACAUCAAUGUCGAUGAUGUUUUUACCAUGUACAUCAUAGCGUCUAAGGACAGGAGAGAUAAAUGGACGCAGGCUGAAGCUGAUAUACGAGAGCUUAUCAACGCUGCUGGCGCCACACCGCACAAUGCGGACACAAAAGAACAAGACCUACGAUGGAAAGGAUCUAGUAUACCGGCGGAAUGGCCACCGCUCAGAAACCGUGAUUGGCGCGCUUGA